CUUGAGGAACUAGGAGGAGGCAAUGAAAGCGAAGAUUCGCUAGUUCUGGUAGCUGAGGUUGUAUUGAUAGGACCAACCACCUGUUCUGACGGACUACCAUUUCUUGUUUCUCCUGAAUCAGAAAUCACGAUAUAUUCUUCAUUAGGAGGUAGGGAGGGAGUUGGCUACGUCAAGAAGGAUGGAGAUAUGGAUGCGAAGACAGCCUGGUCACGUGUGAAGACGUCCGUUCUCCCCAAGCUUCCUCAGUCAAUUGGAGGGAACGAAGCUGGGAAGCACACGUCAAAUUUGGGAAGAAGAGUUGAACAGUUAGAAGCAAUAGCUAGAAGAUACAGAGUUAGGAUUCCACCAUUGAUGGAGAGACAAUUCUCCUUUCGAGAAGAUACUGUCUAG